AUAGGCAGAGAGAGCAAUAGGGAGAAAUGAGUGAGAGCCAGAGCUGAAAUAGUGUACGGCGUAAUUCCUGCUCUGUGAUCACAGAUACUCCAAGUGAAAAAAACCCAGGAGAGGGGGCAGAGAGAGGCGGUUAUCAGCUCAACCUUUGCAACCGGCUCAGGACAGAACGUCUAUAGAUAUUUAUAGCUAUUAAAACAAAACCAACAACCUUACCCUGAAUAGAGCCUUUCUUAAAAAGAAGGUCCUGGCAAUUCUGUCUUAUUUAAGCAAUUUCCUGAGUCUAAGAAUAGAAAUGAGCUGCCUGGAAGGCACUGCAGGCUGAAAUUUGGAGACAUAGGCUGCUUUAUUUUAUUUUUCCAAGUAUAAAAACCUUCCACUUGGAUACUGGAUUUUUGUGUCGGUCUUUCAAGCGGAGGGAUGUAUGGUUACUUUUAAUUUUACUUUUUUUUCUCUCUUUUAAUUUAAAAAAACUGUCUUCCAGUUAAAAAGCAAGGAAACCGUUUUACCUGCAUGUGACAACCCCAGAGGACACCGAUCAAGAAACAGGGGAGUGACUUGGUCUUCUGCACUACUUUACUCCUACCCCAAUUUUUUUAGGGGGAGAGAAGGAUUUUUUCCAGUCCAAGAAUCUCUGGCCCCCAAGUUUUGGAAGGGGGUUGAAGACUUGUCACCCAUCUGGGGGUGCAUGAAGGGUAUUGGUUUUCUUUCUCUGUUAACUUGGUUUUGUGAAGGGGUGGAAGAGAAUUUUGCCCUCCUGACUUGCCUGGAACAAGAGGAUGAUUUGGAAGUGGCUGGGCGCUUUGCUGCUUUUUCCCCUGCAGAUGGUUUAUUUGGUGGUGAAAGCUGCCGUGUGCACGGUGCUGCCGCCCAAGCUCCGGGACCUGUCCGGGGACAACGUGCUCAUCACCGGCGGGGGCAGAGGCAUCGGUCGCCAUCUGGCCAGGGAGUUCGCCAAGCGAGGAGCCAGGAAGAUCAUCCUGUGGGGUCGAACUGAGAAAUGCCUGAAGGAGACCACAGAGGAAAUCAGGAUGAUGGGGACAGAAUGCCAUUAUUUCAUUUGUGAUGUAGGAAAUCGAGAGGAGGUCUAUCAGCAAGCCAAAGCUGUGCGGGAAAAGGUGGGUGAUAUCACUAUCCUGGUGAACAAUGCUGCUGUGGUCCAUGGUAAGAGCCUGAUGGACAGUGAUGAUGAUGCACUGCUCAAAUCACAACAUAUUAACACCCUGGGACAGUUCUGGNNCACCAAAGCAUACCUGCCAAGGAUGCUGGAGUUGCAGAAUGGACACAUUGUUUGCCUGAACUCUGUCCUGGCCCUGUCAGCCAUUCCUGGUGCCAUUGACUACUGCACCUCCAAAGCCUCCUCCUUUGCCUUUAUGGAGAGCCUGACCUUGGGGCUGCUAGACUGUCCUGGAGUGAAUGCCACAACAGUCCUGCCCUUCCACACGAGCACAGAGAUGUUUCAGGGCAUGAGAAUCAGGUUCCCUAAUCUUUUUCCUCCUCUCAAGCCAGAGACAGUGGCUAGGAGGACAGUAGAAGCCGUUCAAAUGAAUCAAGCCUUCCUGCUCCUUCCAUGGACAAUGCAUGUUCUUGUCAUCCUAAAAAGUAUUCUCCCUCAGGCAGCACUUGAAGAAAUCCACAAGUUUUCUGGGAGCUACACCUGCAUGAACACUUUUAAAGGACGAACAUAGACUUGAUGGUGCAAGGACUAUUCUUCGGUGAAACCAACACAAGCACGAAAAUCCUGACAAGACUGUGAAUCAGCGGUCUUGGCUUUUAGCCUGUUCAUGUGACUUGCACUGCUCUGAGGCAACACAUUUCUUGCAGGUCAUAUCCAUAGUAACAUGACCUUUGCACAGGAUUGAAUGACUAGAUGAUGGACCCUUGGAAAGAAAAAAAAGUGUGAAAUGUUUAUAUGGUGUUUAAUUCUUUAGAGUUCAAUUGUUAAAUCUACUCAUAGUUUUAAGAUGUAAUUUUUGUUUCUAAAGUGUCUGUAAGCUGUCUCAGCACAUCACAUCCCAUUCUUUACCCCCUCUCUUCAGAGGAACUGCAAUUACAAACUGCUACUGGUUUCAUUUCAGCUUUUUGAGUGGGGAAUUUAAAAAAUACUUUGGAGAACUAAAAAUUACAGACAUUUAAUGGAAGCUUCCUUUCCUUCCUUCACUUCACAUCCAUUGAUGAAGCUGUUCCCAACUCACAUCAGGGAAGGAGCUAGCUGUGGAGCAAUGUUUUCUUUGUUAAAGGCCACCCAGGACUUCUGUCUGGAUGGACUAUGCUGGGUCCAAGAAAGCUGUCUUCACCUGUGAAGGCUGGAGAGGAAUGCUCAGUCAGAAGAGCAGACAGUUUGAAUAGUGGAAGAUUCUUUCUGUCACUGAACUCAUAUAUGAAAUUUAAUUGUCUUUCUGAAUAUUUUUGUUCAUUUAUGAUAAAAAAAUAUAUAUAUUUUUAGCAUUAAUCCCAGCUUGCCACGCAUGUAGGCAGCAUCACAUUGGGGAUUAACUAAAUCUAGAACUAAAACUAGAGCCUGGUUAUACAAACAUACAUUCAUUGGCAUAAUCCAUGCGGAGGAAAAUCCAUUGUAUCAAUCUGCACAGUGAAGUAAGUGGAAUAAUGCUCUAAAAAUAGAAGAGACAGUACUGUAGUGCUCAUGACAUGUGAAGUUUGGAAGCACAGUUAGCAAAGACCUGAUUAAAUGCACAUUGAAUUCAACUGGGAAUAUACCCAUUGUUUUUUAGGGGCAUUGAAUCAGGCACUGAUCAGCCAGAAGUGAUAAAUGCUGCUUGGACUGAAAUGCCAGAAGCAGCUAGACAUUAUUUAUUUUUGUAAUGAUAUAUUCUCUUUGACAGCCUAGUAAGAGCAACACUGCAUUCCUAUCCCAGAUGCAGUGUGCAGCACUAGGCAUAGUAAUGUAGUUGAAACAUACUGGAACGCUACUAAAAGAGGAAUUAAUAUAAUUGCAAUACAGAAAAGUAGCAAGCCUAACUGGAGAACAGCUGAAUGAAAUGCAUAGAUGUCCUGUGUGACCUGGGCAAGCUGCAUAAUUUCAAGGAGCACCCUGACCUGCAAAGCAGAUAUUUCUAGUAUUUCCCUACCUCAGAAGUUGUAAGUCUGACUACCUAAAUGUUUGUCCAAAGCUCAGCAAGUUCAAAUGGAACAUGCUAUAGAAAGGAAAAGCAGUAUUUGUUCAUAAACCAAGAGCUUCUAUACAAAAAUUUGGAAGAGGAAAAAACCCAUAUGCGGAAAUAUAUAAUUUCCUAAAAGAUCUGAGUUACAGCAGAAAAGCUGUGAGCUGCAUUUGAGAUACUCCUCGGGUUCUGCCAUGUAGAAUGGAGACCAGCUACUUAGGUGCAAUGAUGUGAAUGUUGAAAUCUGAAGGUCUGAAUCUGACUGCAAAUCAAUAGAUAUAUCUCCUCUUGAGCAGUUCAAGAGGAAGAUACGGCCAAAAGAGCCAUUGAUGCAAGCGCCUCUGCCUGCAUGGGCAUUUUGAGGAGCCCUCCUAUCAGGGUCAGUGCUUUCCUUCUGAGUGCAGAACAUAUAAGCUGUAGCACUGUGCCGACUUUGAAAAGGCUUCUUACAAUGGAGUCUUGUUCCUGGAGAGGAUGAAAAGAAACUUCGAUCUCUGUGAUUUUAGUAGAUGCUUUCAGCUUUAUUUUUUGUCAAUUUUUUGAGAAGAAACACAGUUCAUUGAAAACACAAGCACAAUGAGGGGAGAACCCUUCCAGGAUCUGCCAGGAAUACUGAAGGUACCAUAUUUAUCAAGAGAUGCUUGGGAGGGGAAGGGAUGAGUACAUGUACCUCCCCUUACAGACUGUAAUCCCUUCUAGUUGCUCAUUAAUCACAGUCGGGCAUGCCAGGCUUGUAGAUGCAAGAGCAAACAGAAUUGGUGAAAGAGGGCACCCCCCGCAGUGUCCCCCUUAAAUUAAUCCUUUACGCUGAGAUUCUAUUCAUUGAUGACAUUUUAAUGCAAAAAUGAGGUAAAAAAACUAGUACACACAUUAACUCCCCACUCAUCCUCAAAUUCUGUCCCUUAGAUGAAUCUGCUCUUUUCCUGCACUGCAUAAAAGAUGUUCCCUAUCUUCAGAGGUUGUCUUUCUUACAUACUAAGCGCUGUUGAUUUCUUUCUAAUGAAUAUAAACAAUUCGGAACGUAGCUGAGAUUCUCGCCAUCUCACUCCUCUCAUACACAUACACACAAACUUCCCUCUCUC